AUUGUUUCCAGUAUUUUUUUCAGUAUAGCGGUGAGAUCAUAAGCAAGGGAAUUAAUGUAGGUAUUGAUUUCCACCGUAUGUUUGAUACUAUGAUAGGGCAGCUUGAAAAUAGAUCCCUAGGAUAUGAUGAUUGUCUGCUGAUUAUGGAAAGUGUCCUUGUAAUUGCCGCCUACAUGAAGAGAACAGAUAUUUGUUUACCUCUGUGGUACAAAAUCUUAGUCGGUGGAAUCAAACCGCAGUCUGAUAUAUGUCAAUUAAUUGGAUACCUUAUCCCAAGAAAAACUCGCCGUCAGCUUUAUGCGCUUAUGACGGUAUCUGGAUACAGUCUGCUAGUUUCUUUUGGCCUAUGGAUGGGGCCUGCCGAACAUGAAAUAAGAUGGAAUUGGAGAUUCCGUGAUAACGUCCAAUUUUGCAGAAGGCUGAUUUUGGUAUUUCAUCAUCGGGACAAAGACAAAGAAGCGUAUAAGAGGGAUCGUCGCAUGUGGACAAAUUUGAGACAUGAGUAUCAGAGAAGCCAAAGGAUGAAGAUGCUUUAUGGUGCUAAAUCUCCUACUGCACCGCUGGAUGAAGCAUAUAAGAUAGUGCAGAUUAUAAAAAAAAUGGAUCGUAAACUGUCGAAGCGUGAUUUGGCUCAUGAUGAUGAUGAUCCCGAUGAAAGGGAAGAUUUGGCUCCCAAAGUCCCCGCUCCUCUUGCAUCUGAGGCCAUUGCAAAUUUGUCUGUGAAUGCCAAUGUGGCGAAGGCGGUUGCAGAAGAGGGUGGGGUUGAGAUUCUCACUAGUUUGGCUAGGUCAAUGAACAAACUGGUGGCUGAAGAAGCUGCUGGAGGAUUAUGGAAUCUCUCUGUUGGAGAAGAGCACAAGGGAGUUAUGCGAGAUGGUGGUAUACGCCUCCUUCUUGGCCUUGCAAAAUCAUACAGGGAAGGGCUUCAGUCUGAGGCAGCCAAGGCCAUUGCAAAUUUGUCUGUGAAUGCCAAUGUGGCGAAGGCGAUUGCAGAAGAGGGUGGGAUUGAGAUUCUCACUAGUUUGGCUAGGUCAAUGAACAAACUGGUGGCUGAAGAAGCUGCUGGAGGAUUAUGGAAUCUCUCUGUUGGAGAAGAGCACAAGGGUGCCAUUGCUGAAGCUGGUGGAGUAUUAGCGUUAGUGGAUCUUAUAUUCAAGUGGUCCUCUACUGGAGAUGGAGUUUUAGAACGUGCAGCUGGUGCAUUGGCUAAUUUGGCUGCUGAUGACAAGUGUAGUACAGAGGUUGCACUAUGUUCAGGAGCCACAGGCCUCGAUGAUGAAAAUGCUAGCACCGAUUAAAAUUAGGAAACUUACACUUUGAAUUUUACCCUCCUUGCAAUGUAGAAAGCGAGUAUGUAAAUAGCAAAAAUUAGGGAAGAAAAAAAAAGAAUUUGCAUUCUAGGAUGAAUUUGAUUCCGUCAAAAUUAAUUCGAUUAAGAACUUCAAUUUUUUUUUUUUGAACGUACAAUUCAUCCUUAAUUCGCUUUGUUAUUGGUAGAGUCAUUGCGUCUCUUUUCGGAUUUGCAAUUAACUUUAGGCUACACAUCAUUGGUUUUUCCUUUUUCAGUCAACAACUUAUUUACUUUUAAAACCAUUGCCAUGCAUGAAAAACUUGUAUAUAUUAGCAUGCCCAUUUUGAUUCUCUUUAAGCACUUUCCGCCAAGGAUGACAUGCAUGUUAAGAACGAAACCAGUUUUCAAACUUCAACCAUAUCUAAUAAUUAUGCCUUGUUUUCCUAUAUGCUUUCUUAUUGUUCAAAUUUAAUACUCCAUCCUUUAAUUAUAAGUAAAAGUCUAUUUUUCAGAUUUAUUGAACAACUGAUAUAUUUGGUCUAUAAUAUCAUAUACAUCUAGUGGAGUCAAUAUAUAAAGUCAAAAAUCUCAGUUUUAAAUUCUGAGUCAAUAUAUGGAGUGUGUUAACUUCCUUAUAUAGUGCUUAGCUGAAACUUUAAUAAUUUUACCGUCUCAUCUACUUAAAGUGAAGUGUGUUAACACUUAUUUGUUUUUCUUAACUGAAAGUUAUUCCCCUGAUUUCAUGCCUUAUGAAGCUAAUGAUCAAUAGUGUAAGACUCUCUUUCAUUGUAUUUUCUUUUGAUACUUUCUUCCCCAUAUUUCUGAUAAGCAUAAAUCCUUUAAUAAAGCUCUCUAUUUGUUGCUAUAAGAUAAUUUGGUUUAAGCAGAGGUAAAAUUUCACUGUGAAAGUACCAGUCAUGCUUGGUGGGUUGAUCACUUGGUCCAAUGUUAUUGUACUAUUAGAAAUACAUUGAACUAUUUUCCUCUCAUAACAUGUUUCUUUUCUUUUGGUGAAUAAUAAUAAGAGAGGAGUUUUUGUCAAAAAAUAAAAUAAAAAUAAGAGAGAAGUUAAGAUCCUUUAUUAUUUUGUGUUGUAUUAUAGCAUUUCCUUUUCGGUAGUACAUAGUUUCAUUCAAUAUGAUGUUUUGGGGUUAAGUCAUGUGAUCAUAUAAUAAAUGUUCAUGUAUUUCAUUAUUUUAUAAAUGUCUUGCUUUCAUUUAGUGAAUUUCUUAGGUAGUGUAUGUGAAGUUGAGAAGGUUAUAGAUUGAUCAAGUUCUAAUUUGAUUAGUAUAUCUUGCAAUUUGAUAAUGAGAUUCACCUUGAGCUUUUAUUUUUGCUCUUUGUUUGUGAGUUAUCCUUUGGCCUAAGAAGUCUCCUCCAUUUCUUGUAGCUCUGCCCUUUUUCUUCUGUAAUUUCCCUUUAUUCAUCUAUAAAAUGCAUUCUCUUGCUAGAUAGGAGCAAGUUCCUAUCAGUUAUUCUUGUUUAUAUAAUAUAACAUGGAGUGGAUGAGGACAAUUCCAUAUUUGAAUUGCUUUAAGGGCAUAAUAAUGACUGUGUUUUUUUUUAU